AGGCGUUCUGAAGGUCUUCAAACUGUGAGGGUGCUUGCUCCAAUUCCAACACAAGCCAUGCAGUUUUAUCGAGGUUUCCCCAUGAAGCUCGCAACUUUCGAAGUUGGCUGGAACCAACCGUAAAGCUAUACAACGGCGCAAUAGCACGAGCAGGCGGAGACAGAAGACUCGAUCAUUGGCAGUGACAAGUACCGGCGAGUUGUCAAUGUCGUCAAGUUGAAGGCAACGCCCAACGCGCAUCUCUUUUAAUUUACCUUGAAUAGCAGUGAUUUGCUCAAUUUGACUUAUACUCAGAAACGACCAGAGCUCGAGGAACUCAACCGGGAAGGCGUCCACUAGCAUCGAAACCCUAGGAAGGCUUGGAAGAAGAAGGAUGACAACGACGAAUGAAGAGGACGGAGCAUCAGGGAGUGCAAAAAGUGCUACAGGUAGUGGAGAAACAAAGUUGCAGGUGGUGAUGAACAAUAAAGGGAAACAACCAGCUACCACAGAUGAACAAGAAAACAACGAAUUUAGGUUGAAGAGGAAAAGGAAACAACUAGUAGAAGAAGAAAGUGAUGAUGAUUUUGAAUUACAACCAGGUGAGGGUAAUGAUGCAACUGAGAUAGUUGCGAAUGUGAGCAAGGAAAAAAAGAAAGAGAGCAUUAAAGAUAUCAAGUCCAUGUAUAUGACAAUAAGAACUAGAUCAUCACCAAAUUUGAUUGUUAAAUCACUUGCUGUGAUGACUAAAGUUCAGAAAGAGGAGAUACACAAAAUGGGUUUUGGUGCAUUGUUUAAGCUGGAAAUUUGUGAAAUACCAGGAAAGUUGGGUUUUUGGGUGGUUGAUAACUUCAACCCCGAAAACAUGCUCAAUGGUGCUGCACAAUGGUAGAGAGGUUCGUAUAACAGAGGAGGAUGUAGCCCGCGUUUUGGGAUUUCCAUUAGGAGGCAAAAAAAUAAUACAAAAAAGGAAGAACGAUGAAUGUGCAUUGCUUACACAGUGGAGAGCAAUAUUUGAGAAAGAUGAUUACAAAAUCAGCCCAUCUGAUGUAAGUGAAGAGAUGCUUAGCAUCAAAGAAGGCGGUGAGUGGUUUUGUAGGCAUUUCAUUGUUCUGGUUGUAUCACUGCUUCUGGACAGCACACAAAAUGGCUAUGUGAAUCUAAUGAUUAUCAAUCAUUUGGAGAAUGUUGAAAAGAUCAAGGAGAUAGAUUGGUGUGACCAUGUACUCAAUGUGCUAAUUGAUAGUAAAAUGUCAUGGGAGAAGAAGGAUAAGGCAUUCACUGGUCCAUUGCUAUUUUUAACGUUGUUCUAUGUCGACAGAGUGGUGCUGUGUAGGAGAAGAGUGGAUAGGACGUUACCUGUGCUCAAAGGGUGGAAUGGAAAGCUUCUUAGAGAGUGAGAAUUGCUUGAAAUAGAGAGUGGCGAGUUCGGGAUGGGGUACUGUGAUGGCCCACUGAUAUUUGAAGAUUGUUCGGAGAAGGUUGAAUUAAAAGAAGGGAAAAAAAAAGAAAGAAGGGAAAGAAAAAGAUCAUGAAGGUGGAAGUGGACAUGGAGUACAGGUGCAGUGUACUGGUGGUGACAAUGAUGAGGAAUAUGUUAAGAGAUUUGCACAUAAAAGCAAAGUGUGGCAUGAGCUAUGAUUGAUGUGCUCAAGAUGUUUGAAGAAGCACCUAAGAGCUUAACUGAAAAGGAAAAUUUCAUAAGGAUCCAAGAAGCUGCACAAGAACUGAUUGGUGUAGGGAAGAGGAAAAAACAGUUGAUUGUAGAGAAGAAACUGAUGGAAGAAGUACUCAAGAGAGAGACGAUGAUGCAUUCUGGGCUGAAACCUUAGCUGCAGUCGAGAGGGUGGAAAAUGCUAAUCAGAAAAAGUCUUUAUACGAGAAAGGAAUUGAAGAUACUCCUUCUUUUUCAAUUGGUUUCACACAGGAAAAUUAACAGCAGUUUUGCACGAUAUCUGAUUUGUGCGCCGAAAUUGAGAAGGAAGUUUUUUUUUGCAAUAGAGAAGGAAGUUAAUGAUGAUUUGGUUCAAGGAGCAGAGAAUGUGACAACGAAGACAGAGAAGGAAAAGGAAGCGAUGUUUACAGAAAAUAUUGUGGAGGUUCAUAAAGAUGGAGCUGUUAGAAGUAAGAGUGUGAAGGGGAAGGAAAAAAUUGAUGAAGUGCGAGUCGAGAGCGGUGUGAGAUCUGUGGAUGUGAAGGGAAAGGCAAAGAUUGUUGAGAACAAGGAACAUAAUAAAAGGGACACAAGGAGCAAUUUGCUUAUAGGAAAAAAUGAACUGGAAUUGAGAUCAAGAAGGACAACAAAGCCAGCUCAAGUUACCAAGUCUCCUUUUAUUGCACGAGCAGUGGACCCUAAUCAACCGUCAUGCACAAGUGAAAAGUUGAUGUGGAAAUGGGUCAUGCAAGAACGAGCUGAUAAGAGGGGAGCGAUUCUGUUCAAGUAUAAACAGGUUUCAGUGACACGGGGAGACAUGAUUAGCAUAGGGGAUAAAAAGCACAUGAACAUGAACGAGUUAGAUGCGUGGACAAUCUUCUUGAAUAAUAAUGAGAAACCACGAAGUCGCACAUCACCGUGCAGACUGUUUGUGAAAUUAUAUCCCUGUUUGUACACAAUGCCAGACCGAAUCCCAGAAAACAGGUCUUACAAAGUGUUUAAACAAGGAAUAGAGCUGGCAUUGGAAUCAGUUAAACCCGAUGUACAAAUGAAAGAUGUUGAUUUGUUCUUCUUUCCAAUUGUUCAACCAGAACAUUGUUAUGUUGUGGUUUUCAACAUGAAAAACAGCAAGUUGAAGUGUUGGACAACUCCUCGGUGAACAUGCACUUUGACGAAAAGUAUGGUGAAAUGCCGUAUUCCCUGAGAGACAUGUUUGUUGAUUUCAUGACCGAAAUGGAACUGGACACCGACGACAACACAUUCUACACACCUGCUUUCACAAGAUUGAAGAUGAGGUGGAGAGAACCAAGGAAUGUGUAUGAUUAUGGAGUGUGGAGCAUGAGACAUAUGGAUCCAUACAUGGGCCAAGAGACUAGAGGCCGGGAUUGUGGAGUUAAAAAAGGUGAUGCAAAGGCACUAAAUGCAUUGAGAAUGAAGUAUUGUGCAUCAAUUUUGACAUCAGGUAUUAACGAGGUAAAGGACAACCACUUCAAUGCGGUGAAGGAAUUUGGGAACGCGAAUAAUUUGAUGAAGUAGACGUGAAAAAAUACUUUAGCACUCUAUAUUUACUAUCUUUCUUGCAAGGAUAUUUAUCUAUAAACAUUUGUGGUUUUUAAAUGUGCAAUGGCUUGCACGUUUGUUUUGUGGUUAGACGCACAUCAACUUGUUUUGUGUGCAAAACUAAGUUUUGAGGUUACUGUGGAUUUAUUUUGACAAUUUCAUCUUACUUCUUUGG